UAGAGGCCGCCCCUCCUCCCGGGGCUCCGGGGCUGGCUGGGGCAGGUCGCCUUCGGUGGAUGCCCGAGAGCUCGGCUCUCACUUGGUAGCGCUCCCCUGGGGCUAGCGGAGGCUCAGGAGCGGAGGCGCGGGCCAGAGCUGGCGGGAGGAAAGAGCGGGACUAAGGCGGGCGAUGCGGGGUCCCAGGUUAUUCCGCGGCCGCUGGGUGACACCAUGAAUGAGGACACUCGGGGACCCUCUCAGGCUGCGGCGGCAACGGGGGCAGUGGAGGAGAAAGAGAAGAAGGAGGAGGAGGAGAAAGGGAAAGAAGAGGAGAGAGAGAAGCUGCCCCCUAUCCUCACUGCUUCCAGCACCGCAGCUUCUGGGGUGGUGGAGAGAGGAGCCAAAGGCCAGCUUUCUGCCUUCAGCAGUUCCAUUUCAGCUGUUAGCCAGAAGAAAGAAGUAGCUGAAAAGAGAAGCUCACCCCCACAACCUGUUAUUCCUAACAUCAAGAAUGUGAAAGAUCUUCCAACAAUUUGCCUUGAUGUUAGACAAAAACAACGCCUCUCUAUUGAUUCAUUGUCAGUUGAAAUGAAAGCACCUGAAAUGAAAACACCUGAAACGAAAGAACCUGCUCUUCCUGUGCGUACCAAAACUAUGAAAGAUUUUCAGGAAGAUGUAGAAAAAGCGAAGUCAUCAGGAGAAUGGAAAGAGGUCCAUGACUUUUAUCUCACAACAUUUGAUUCUUUCCUGGAGCUCAGUGCUGUUUUUAAGAAAGAUGCCGAUACCCCAUUUAAUACUAUUGAAGAUUCUGGGAUUAAUACCAAAUUUGUGAAUGCUGUGUAUGAUGCCUUAUUAAAUACUCCUCAAGAUAUUCAGAAGUCAGUAUUGAAAGGUAUCAUUAACAGUCUAUUAAGAGAAUGGAAAGGGCCACGGUCAAAAGAUGAUCUUAGAGCAUAUUUUAUACUUUUACAGAAUCCUCAGUUUAAUAACACAUCUACUUACGUCAUCUAUGCCCACUUGCUAAGACAGAUAGCUACCUUAGUGGAAGCGGACCAUCAUUUCCUUGCUCACUGGUUUAAAAAGUCAUCACAAAAAAGGUUCAAGCAAUUGGUAGACAGAUUGCUACAGUUUAUUUCUUUACGCCUGUUUCCUGCAAAGCCUGAAGAAUUCCCACCUCUGACAAAAUGUUCCUGGUGGAUUCCAUCAGCAACCAAAGUCUUGGCUUUGCUUAAUGCUGCAAACGGUCUGGCCCACCUUCCUAUUAUUCCUUAUACUGAUUUUUAUAAUUCUACACUGGAUCAUAUUGAUCUCAUGGAAGAAUAUCACACCUGGCAGUGCUUUGGAAACUCUAGAAGGUUUUCCUUCUGUCAGUAUCCAUUUGUUAUUUCUAUAGCUGCAAAAAAAAUCAUUAUUCAGAGGGACUCAGAGCAACAGAUGAUAAGCAUUGCCAGGCAGAGUCUGGUGGACAAAGUUUCUCGAAGGCAAAGACCUGACAUGAAUAUGCUAUUUCUAAAUAUGAAAGUAAGAAGAACACAUCUUGUUAGUGAUUCGCUUGAUGAGUUGACGAGGAAAAGAGCAGACUUGAAAAAGAAGCUGAAAGUGACAUUUGUGGGUGAGGCUGGCCUUGAUAUGGGCGGCUUGACAAAAGAAUGGUUUCUACUCCUGAUUCGCCAAAUUUUUCACCCAGACUAUGGCAUGUUUGCAUAUCACAAGGAUUCACAUUGUCAUUGGUUUAGCAGUUUUAAAUGUGAUAACUAUUCUGAAUUUCGGUUGGUUGGAAUUCUUAUGGGUCUAGCUGUAUAUAAUAGCAUCACUUUGGACAUUCGUUUCCCCCCCUGCUGUUACAAGAAGCUAUUAAGUCCUCCCAUUGUUCCUAGUGAUCAGAACACACCAGUAGGCAUCUGCAGUGUUACAAUAGAUGAUCUAUAUCAGAUUAUGCCUGAAUUGGCCCAUGGAUUAAAUGAACUUUUAUCAUAUGAUGGCAAUGUUGAAGAAGAUUUUUAUUCAACCUUUCAGGUUUUCCAAGAAGAAUUUGGAAUAAUAAAAUCAUAUAAUUUAAAAUCAGCUGGUGAUAAAAUUCCAGUUACCAAUCAGAAUAGGAAAGAGUAUGUGCAGCUUUAUGUUGACUUCCUUCUCAACAAAUCCAUCUAUAAACAGUUUGCUGCAUUUUAUUAUGGAUUUCAUAGUGUAUGUGCUUCAAAUGCACUAAUGCUUCUUCGCCCAGAAGAGGUAGAAAUUCUGGUCUGUGGAAGUCCUGAAUUGGAUAUGCACGCUCUGCAAAGAAAUACUCAGUAUGAUGGCUAUGUGAAAACUGAUCUUACUAUACGAUACUUUUGGGAUGUCGUGCUUGGGUUUCCCCUUGAUCUUCAAAAGAAGUUACUACAUUUUACCACAGGAAGUGACAGAGUACCUGUGGGAGGUAUGGCAGACUUGAAUUUCAAGAUUUCAAAGCAUGAAACUUCUACGAACUGGUUACCAGUGGCCCAUACCUGCUUCAACCAACUUUGCCUGCCUCCUUACAAGAACAAAAAGGAGUUAAAACAGAAACUGAUCAUUGGGAUUUCAAAUUCAGAAGGUUUUGGGCUAGAGUAACAUCAGACUUGAAAUAAAGUAUUUUU